GAGGAAUCGAUAAAAGAAUGCUUAUUAAUUAAAAGGGGUUAUUCAGAUCUUGGUCAAAUGAAUUCUGUGUAGUGUGUUAUAUAAGUUGUGUAGUGUAAAACAGGAUAUAAGAACAAAAAUAUACAAUUUGUGUAUCAGGCUCUUUGAAUUAAUCGAUACUCAGCAACUAAACACAAGGAAAAAAAGUGCAAUUCAGAGAAGCAAUCCUUCCAUAUAAAAGGAAAUUCAUACAUAAUUCAACAAGGAAAUAGAAGGCUGUGCCUGAUCUUUGCUGUGAAAGGGUUUGAAGUGAACGCCAAGGGAUCGCAAAUCCAGAUAAACCUGCUACAUUUAACAUUGAGGUUCCAAUCGUAAAAAUGCUUUCUGAUCAAUACUUCUCGUAGAUCCAAUCACCUCUACACUUUCCAUUAGGAAGCAGGCUUUAAGGGUGAUACGUUCAGAAGUAGACAGCGAUUUUCAUUAUAAGUACUUGAUAACCAAAUUAGGUCAUUCAGAAUCACUUCAACACACAAGAUCACUUGCAGACAUUCGCUUCAUGGAGUAGGACAUUAAAAUUGAGGCUUAUACCAUAUAUGACUCAAUUUUUGAACUGGUACUUAAGCAAAUAUUAUGCUGUCAAUGUGAAGAGAAUAUACAAUCCUGAGUGGACAACAUAAAUCUCUAAAGCAUUGUUGCCUCACUCCUCUACCAGAAUGUUUGGGAAUAAGGUUACAAAAGACCGUUCAAUUCGUCUGCGGGUCAUGCCAGAGCAGAGCAAUGAUUACAGGGUUGUUGUCUUUGGAGCUGGAGGUGUCGGGAAAAGCUCACUUGUGUUACGGUUUGUCCGUGGCACGUUUAAGGAAAGCUACAUUCCAACAAUUGAAGACACAUACAGGCAAGUGAUCAGUUGCAAUAAGCAGGUGUGUACGCUGCAGAUCACAGACACAACAGGGUCCCAUCAAUUCCCUGCAAUGCAAAGACUCUCCAUCUCUAAGGGGCAUGCCUUCAUUCUUGUCUACUCAGUCAUCUCCAAGCAGUCAAUUGCAGAGCUAAGUCCCAUAUGGCGUGAAAUAUGUGAAAUCAAAGGUGAUACAUCACAAAUUCCCAUUAUGCUUGUUGGUAAUAAAUCGGAUGAGUUAUCACGCGAAGUAUCAACAGCGUUAGGUAUGGAGUUAGCCAAAAAGUGGGGAUGUGGGUUCUUGGAAACCUCUGCUAAAACUAAUCAUAAUGUAAAAGAACUGUUCCAAGAACUGCUACAGAUGGAGAAAAGACGGACAAUGAGUCUUCAGUUGGAAACAAAGAAAUCAAAAUCCCAAAAAAGGAAAGAGAAGUUAAAGGGUAAAUGUUCCCUGAUGUAAAUUAUGAGCUGGGAUAUUCCACAUAAACACAUGAAAUGUGAAAUAAUACUGUAAAUAUAACUCAUGUACAUAUUGGAUAUCAUUAAUUCAAGAGAUAUGAUUGAAAACCAAAGUUGAAAAACAAAUAUUACAGAAACUUAAGACAGUAAAAACACAUUAUUUAUGAUACUGGACUGUACAUAGGAUUUAAUGGCAACACCAGAACACAGAUAGGCUGACUUUAUAUGUUUCAUUUGCUAGGCUACUCGAUUAUUGAUGGUCCUGGAAACCUGAAUGCACAUUAUCCUAGUUAUUUGUUUUUAAAUGACUGCUUUAUCAAGAGCUUUUUUGUGUUUACAUAUGCUUUUUCAUAAUGGCUGUUACUUGACACUUUGUAUGACAGAUUUUAAUAUGUUUCUUAUUGUGCAAAACAAUGAAAUAACAAGGCACUAACAUGCAAAAUAUCACCACCUGCCAUUUGUUACAGAUGCCACAUGCUAACCACCAAACACCGAAUACCAAACACCAAACUUCAACCACUGAACAUUGAACACU